UAGAACUUCAAAUUGUUCAAAAGCUGUUAAAUCUCUUUACUUCACUUUCCCGCCUUUGGUUACGUUCUCAACUCGCAAGUAGAAUUUUGCACCAUCCUUUCAUCGAAGGUUGGGAAUCUCGCUCAGUACCACAUUGAGAUAGCCAUGCUGAUUACGUCUGCUUUUUCGUUGAACAUCAAUACUUUGCCCUUAAAGCUUUCGAGUUUUCAACAGCGCCUAUCUUGUAUCUCACGUUUGAUACGAAAGAGAUUUGUUUUCAAAAUCUCUCCAGUAGUGGCCAGUAGUUCUAGCACUAGUAGAAGGCAAAGUCAGGCAAUACCUUUCUUGAAGGCUCCUCCUUCCUUGGAUGGUACUAUGGUUGGGGACGUUGGCUUUGAUCCAUUAGGAUUUUCAACUAUCAUUGAUCUUCGAUAUCUUCGAGAGUCAGAGCUGAAGCACUGCAGGAUAGCCAUGCUAGCUGUUGUAGGCUUCAUUGUUCAAGAAUUUAUUCAUUUACCCGGAGAUUUGUUUUCUAAUCCUCAUCCAAUGCAAGCGAUAGGACAAGUUCCUAUCUCAGGAUGGAUACAAAUAUUUCUUCUCGUUGCUAUUUUAGAGAUGAUAGACAUAGCUGCCAUAAAGGAAACUCUUCAAGGGAAUAGAGAGCCAGGCUAUUUCGGCUUCGACCCUUUGGGACUUGCGAAGGACAAACAGGCUCAUGACAGAUAUCUUUUAUCGGAACUGAAAAACGGAAGGCUUGCCAUGAUAGCAAGCAUCGCAUUCAUGAUUCAGAGCUCUCUAUCCAGUGAAGGGAUAAUUGCACAACUAACACAUCUCAAACUACCAUUUUAAGGGUAUGUGUAAACGGGUUUCAAGUAAAUUGGGUUUGUUCACG